AUGUAUAAUAAUACAAGUCCAAUGAGACAUUAGAUCAUAUAAGGUCCUCCAAAUAAAUCAGUAUCUCCAGUGUCAAAGUUUCAGGUAAUGGGAAAUCUUUAACCACCUCCUGGAAUGAAAACAGUCCUCAAACCCAAAAUCUAUGAAGUAGUUGAAGUGCCACUUAAUCAUUAUACUUCAGUACCAACCUUCCAACCACCUCAAUAAUCAUAAUAUGAUUAGGAAUUGCAAAGGAAAAUUAGAUAAUUAGAAUAAGAAUCCUUUAUUUGUAGAUAGAAAAUAGAGUAAGAUCAGAAAAAUGAUAAAUUUUAACAGCUCAAUGAAAAAAUUAGAUAACAACAAUUAGAAAUUGAAAGACUUAAAUCAACUAAUGAUCCAAAUCUUAGAUUGCUUAAAGAAUAAUGUGACUAUUAUUUUAAUCAAUCAUAAUAAGCAGAGUUGGAGAAAAAUGUAAUAAUAAUUUAUUUAUUAAUAUAUUAUAGGAAUUGAUUCUGAGACUCAAAUAAAAUGAAUAGUAAAUGUAAAAGAUUUAGUAAUAGUAAUUUCAUAAUAAUGAGAAGGAUACUAAAUACAAUUAAUUAUUCAGUGAGUAUGAGUAAUUAAAGUAGAAGUAUUAAAUUCUUGAAACUUAAUCAUAAUAAUAAAUAGAUAAAUAAAAAAGUGAAUAUGAUCGAAUUUACAAUUAGCAAUUCUCUUAAAUCAAAUAAAAGUUUAAUAUUAUUAUUAUAUUAAAUAGUUCUGAAAUAAGAAGUAAACAAUUUGAUGAUUAGAUUAUGAAAUUAUAAGAGGAAUUGGAUAAUGCAAUAAAUGAAGCAGAAGUUUGGAGAUAAAAAUAUCAUAAAGAAGAACUCAAUCAAAUGAAUCAUACAAAACGUAUUAAUGAAUUAGAAUUGAUUAAUUUGCAUUAGAUUAAAGAAAUUGAAAGAUUGUAAUAAUAAAAUACAAUGAAAUAAUAAGAGAAUGAUUCUCUUCAGUAGAAAAUUUCUUAUUUAGAAUUCAAUUAUUAACAAAUUUCAUCUUAAGGAUUAGAUAGUGAAGUUAAAAGACUUAAGGAAUAAUUAGAUUCUAGAUAAAGAGAAAUAGAUGAUUUAAAGAGAAGGAAUACUGAAAUUGAAUAGAAUGUACUUAAAUUAAAGGAUCAUGAAAUUUAAAUGGAAAUAAUUAAAUAGAGAGUAUAAAAAUAUAUAUAUAUUAUUAUUAUAGAAUUAAUCAUUUGAAAAUUAAUUGUAGGAAUCAGAUAGAUUUAAACAUUAAUAUACUUCUUCACUCAUUGAAUUAGAUGAAUUACGCAAUAAAUAAAUUAGAUUAGAGAAUUGUGUUAAUGAUUUGAGAAGAAAUGAAUAUAGAUAAUAAGCAGAAAUUAAUAGAUUAAAUGAUUUGGUAAGAGUUAAAGAUGAGGAGAUUAAUAAAGUUUAAAUUGAAUAUAAAAAAAAUAUGACAUAAAUGACAUAAUAAAUGAAUUCCUUUAGAUCAUUAUUGUAUUAAAAAUUAUUUAUAUUAUAGUGAAAGAGACAUUGAUACAUUAAAUUUGAAUAGAAAUAGAUAGGAUAUGGAGAAUAAAGAAUUGAUAGAUUAAAGAAUCCAAUAAUUAUGUGAAGAAUUAAAUAUGAUCAAAAAAGAUAGAGAACAAUUAUAAAUGGCUUGUUCUUAAUUAACAUAGACUAAACUUGGAUUAGAAAAUAGAAUCAUUGUUUUAUAAGGAGAAAUAGAUAGAUUAAAUUAAUUAGUUAAAACAUAAAACAAUGAAAUUAAUCAUCAUUUAUAGACUCUAGAAUUGUAGAAUGAUUAAAUUGAAUAAUUUAGAUAAUAAAAUGAUAUUUACAAAAAAGAGAUGGAUGUAAUUAAAUUAUAUAUUAUUAGCUCUUCAAAACUAAUUCAAAUUCAAAUUUCUUUUUAUCAGGAUCAUAGAAAAAGUUUGAUUUUAUACCAAAUCAACAUUCAGAUUCUAAUUGGAAUUGA